UUCGCGACGUCAUUGCUGAAUGUUUGUUUACCUGAUUGAUCUGAAGAAGUUUUGAAAGAAAUUCAAGUACCUAAAUGUCGAAAAAAUACCAAAAAUGUUUCAUCACGGUGGGUACAACACGUUUCGAUUUGCUCGUCGAGACCAUCAUGACUCCUUCAGUUCUAAAAAGCCUAAAGAAUAUGGGUUGCAAAGUGAUAACCUUGCAAAUCGGCAAUAGUGAUUUCCAGCCAGGUAUUUACGAUAAAGAAGGGGUUCAAAUUAACGCAUAUAGAUUGAAGGAUUCUAUAUUGGACGACAUAAACAACGCGGACCUUGUUAUCAGUCACGCAGGAGCUGGGAGCUGCUUAGAAGUCCUAGAAGCUCGGAAACCUUUACUGGUGGUUGUAAAUGAGGAACUAAUGGACAACCAUCAGAUAGAGCUAGCCGAGCAGUUACAAGUGGACGGGCAUUUGUAUUAUUGCACCUGUGACACCAUCGAAAGUACAUUAGAUAUGCUAGACUUUGGUAUGUUGAACCCAUUCCCGAAGCCAGAUCCAACAUUAUUUAUUAGGUAUUUAGAUGAUGUGUUUAGAGUUAAACCUAAGGCUAAAUAAUUGUAAGUUUCUCGUGUUUUAUAAUGUACAGUAACUUUUAAUCUUACAGCAUAGUAAGUGUAAAUAAAUAUAAUAAUACCUUGUCUAAAUGAUUUGAAAAAUGUGUUAUUAUACUUUUAUUUUAUAAAAGAGUAGAAACAGACAAUAAAGGGAAACAUCAACCUAAACACUAUAGCAACUUAUGCAGUUGUAAUAUGUAUGAUUUUGCAAGAAAACUGUGUAGUUUUGACUGUGCAAAAUGAAAUGGCUGUUUGCUCAAAAAUUAUUUAUUUAUUUAAUAAAAUAGAAUACAAUAAACUAUUAAUGUGAUGUGCUUCAUUCCAUAUUACUUAUAUUUUUAUUUAUUUAAAAUCUUUAUUGCACACAAAAAACAGUUAGUUGGAUA